CAGUUUUGUUGAUUGAUGAAAUGAAAAUGUGUCAUUGGGUCGUAAAACCCAAACGAAAAAACCAGAAAAAAAAGGUUUUGUCAAGUUUGGUCUAUCCCCUCGAAUUGCCAGACUCCGAGAGCUUAGAAAGAAGAAGACCCGAAACCGGAAAGCACCAUCAGCUCAGUAGAAGCACCAUCCCACUUUCACCCACCAGGUGAGUUAAUAGUUUUUCUUUUCCUAUAAAGGAUAUAUAGUUCAUCAACACCAAGGAGCCAAAGGAUAUACCCUGAAUUACUAUUCUAUAUCAGAAGCACCCCUCGCUUAUAACUAUUUAUUAGUUAGUACUGGUGCUUACAAUAUACCUUUCUGGCGAAUUUUCAAUCUCUUUCAGGAUGCGGAGAACCCUUAGAAUCAUGUGACACAUCUGGUACUGCUCGUGGAUACAUGGAAGAUCAUUCUUUACCUGCACCAGACACUUCUCUUAGCUUGACAGAAUAUGUAUUAGAUUUAGCUAUUGGGCAAGAAUUUCCUGAUGUUGAAACUUGCCGAAGAAGAUUGAAGAAUAUUGCCCUAGUACAGCAUUUUGAUCUUCGUAUAGUGAAAUCAGACCGUAGCCGUUUUAUAGCCAAGUGCUCCAAAGAAGGUUGUCCAUGGCGUGUUCAUGUAGCAAAAUGUCCUGGAGUUCCAACCUUCACAGUAAGAACCCUGCAUGGUGAGCAUACUUGUGAAGGAGUUCUCAACCUUCAUCAUCAGCAAGCAUCAGUAGGUUGGGUUGCUAGGUCUGUAGAAGCACGGGUUCGGGAUAAUCCACGAUAUAAGCCAAAAGAGAUCCUGCAAGAUAUCCGUGAUCAGCAUGGAGUUGCUGUUUCUUACAUGCAAGCUUGGCGUGGUAAGGAGCGUAGCAUGGCAGCACUUCAUGGAACUUUUGAAGAAGGGUAUCGCCUUCUUCCUGCAUACUGUGAGCAAAUAAGGAAAACCAACCCAGGAAGCAUUGCUUCAGUUUUUGCCAUUGGACAAGAAAACUGCUUCCACCGUCUCUUUAUUUCUUACCGUGCAUCAAUUUAUGGUUUUAUACAUGCUUGUAGGCCACUUUUAGAACUUGAUAGAGCACACCUCAAAGGCAAAUACUUGGGUUCCUUACUUUGUGCCGCAGCUGUUGAUGCUGAUGAUGCAUUAUUUCCACUGGCAAUAGCUAUCGUUGAUGUAGAAAGUGACGAAAAUUGGAUGUGGUUUAUGUCAGAAUUGAGAAAACUACUUGGAGUAAGCACUGACAACAUGCCUAGACUAACAAUACUCUCUGAAAGACAAAGGGGUGUUGUAGAGGCUGUGGAAACUCAUUUUCCAAGUGCCUUCCAUGGUUUUUGUCUGCGUUAUGUCAGCGAAAAUUUUCGUGAUACAUUUAAGAAUGCAAAGUUGGUGAAUAUCUUUUGGAAUGCUGUUUAUGCUCUCACUGCAGUUGAAUUUGACAGCAAGAUUGCAGAGAUGGCAGAGAUCUCGCAAGAUGUGAUACCAUGGUUUCAACAUUUCCCUCCCCAACUUUGGGCUGUCGCAUAUUUUGAAGGUGUGAGAUAUGGCCAUUUUACUCUGGGUGUUACAGAGUUGUUGUAUAAUUGGGCCCUUGAAUGCCAUGAGCUCCCUAUUGUGCAAAUGAUGGAGCACAUUCGUCAUCAGUUAUCAUCGUGGUAUAAUGAUCGUCGGGAUAUGGGAAUGAGGUGGGCAUCAAUAUUAGUACCAUCUGCUGAGAAGCGGGUUUUGGAGGCAAUGGCUGAUGCUCGAUGCUAUCAAGUACUUCGUGCAAAUGAAGUUGAAUUUGAGAUUGUGUCGACUGAGCGGACAAAUAUUGUAGAUAUACAAACUCGUGUGUGCUCAUGUCGCCGUUGGCAUAUAUAUGGUUUACCUUGUGCACAUGCUGCUGCUGCACUUAUGUCUUGUGGACACAAUGUCCAUUUAUUUGCUGAGCCUUGGUUCACUGUAGCAAGUUACCGAGAGUCCUAUUCACAGAUGAUUAAUCCUAUUCCAGAUAAGAGCCUAUGGAAGGAGCCAGGCGAGGGAACAGAGGGUGGAAGUGCCAAUGUUGAUAUCACAAUACGGCCACCCAAGACUCGGCGGCCACCUGGAAGACCCAAAAAGAAGGUCCUUCGUGUAGAGAACUUCAAGCGCCCAAAGAGAGUUGUUCAAUGUGGUCGCUGCCAUAUGUUAGGACAUUCUCAAAAGAAAUGUACCUUGCCAAGUUGACCUGAAUUAGCGUUUGUUAAAAUCUUUCUCCCCCCUUUGUUCUGGUUCGUUUAUCCUUUCUUUGUUCUAAAAAUGCAGUAGGAUCAGUGGUGUGUUUGUAAUGUUAAUGUAAUGUUUUAAUUAACUAUUUUAGUUGCGAAAUAAGGAUUUAGUCCUUUUUUUGGCACAAUUCCUUUCACUUAUCAUGUGCAUACAGUGGCAGUAUCUGUGUUUUCUGGAUUUACACCAAAGCAUGACUAAGUUGUAAUGGACAUUUGAACAUGUUCGUGAGCAUUUGUUUCUCUUGUUAGAUUGUAUUA